GGCCCUAAAACGGCCGCCCAAGGCCGGCACUGAGAUUCCCAGGAGAGUGGACUAAAAAUGAGUGAGACCAUAAAACUAAUAUUUGAAUUAAAAGGGUCACCUCACAUGACCAAAGACGAGUUCUAAACUACUAUUGGAUCAAUCAACAAAUUAAUCAAGUAAAUAUCUAUAUAGAUUAUAGAAUACUAAAACUCAGCCAGAGCCAGGAUAUAAAUGCACAACUAACGUGCUAUCGAAACUAAAACGAGGCAAACAUUCCUCUAUGCUGCACUCGAGUAGCUAGCUAGCAAGGAAUAGGAGUGAGAAAACAGUUAUGGCUUCAUCUUCAACUGUGAGCAGAAUGAACCCUAACAAGCCUCAUGUCAUGUGCAUCCCUUACCCAAUUCAAGACCACAUCAAGCCAAUGCUUAAACUGGCAAACAUUCUCCACUCAUUCGGCUUCCGUAUCACCUUUGUCAACACAGAGUUUAGUCACAACAACUUGCUCAAAUCCGGGGCCCUCGAAUCCUUUGCCAACCUCCUUAACUUCCGCUUUGAAACCAUCCCCGCCAUCCUCCCUCCUCCGGCCACCACCACCACCGCGGACUACUACCACUUGCUUUGUCAGUCUGCCCAGGAAAAAUUCUUGCCUCCACUACACCAUCUCAUUACGAGACUGAACUGGUGCAAGACGGUGAGUUGUAUUGUAUCAGAUGGUUUGAUGCCUUUCAACAUUAUGAUUGCAAGAGAACUGGGGAUCCCUGGCUAUCUCCUUUGGGUUCCAAAUGCUUGUGCCUUCAUGGGAUACCUCCACGAGAAAGGCCUAAUGCCACCUAUGGGUAAAUCCCAUUGA